CGGACACGUAGUGGGAACGAGCAGGUCCCGAUGCACAAGUCACGGCAACCCUCGGCGGAGAUGAAGGCGGACUCCGACUGGCUCUGAUUUUUAAAAGCCCUUUUCAUUCAGGAGGUUGAUCGCCAUUGGUUAUCGAUAUGGCAGAGCCGUCGUCCCGAGCACCCACCGCUGCAAAAAUGGCGUCACUUAACCGGGUCCGAGCUUUGGCGAUGCUUUUCUUAACUGUCACUGGCUGUUGUGUCACCCCGACAAGUGGCAAGGAAGGGUCCGAGGAGACCGUCAUCAUAGGGCUCCGACUGGAGGACACGGACGACAUUUCCUUCAUGGAUAGGGGCUACCUGCGGGUGAGUGAGCGGUCUCGGGUGAAGUUAAGGGUGUACGGGAAGAACAUCAACAACGAGACCUGGUCCAAAAUUUCUUUCACGGAACACGAGCGGAGCCGGACGGUGGGGAGCCUUGACAGCUCCUCCGGGGAUAACCAGAGCCAAGAGGACUCGUCCAGCUUGCAUCCCUGCGGCAUUAGGACUUCGGAUAUAAUUAUAUUGCCCAACAUCGUCGUGAGUCGAAAGACGACCGGAAUAGUUGAGAUCGAGGUCAAACCGCUGCGCAAGACGGAGAGGAGUAAAUCGUACUACCUAUGCAUCGCCACCGCGACGCCGGCCGUGGGCGGGAUGCACGACCCGUGGACGGAGAACACCUGGAUCUACCACGACGGGGACGACACCAUGGUGAUCGUGGUGGAGGAGAAAAAGUUUCUGCUGCCCUUCUGGCUCCAGGUCAUCUUCAUCUCCAUGUUGCUCUGCCUGUCGGGUAUGUUCAGCGGGUUGAACCUGGGGCUCAUGGCUCUGGACCCCAUGGAGCUCCAGAUAGUCCAGAACUGCGGCACGGAGAAGGAGAAGACUUACGCCAAAAAAAUCGAGCCGGUCAGGAGCCAAGGGAAUUACUUGCUUUGCUCGCUUCUGCUCGGGAACGUGCUGGUGAACACCACGCUGACCAUCCUGCUGGAUGACAUCGCCGGCUCGGGGCUGAUCGCGGUGGUCAUGUCCACCAUUGGAAUAGUCAUUUUUGGAGAGAUCGUGCCCCAGGCCAUCUGCUCCAGACACGGCCUCGCCGUCGGGGCCAACACCAUAUUCCUCACCAAGUUCUUCAUGCUGCUCACCUUCCCCGCCUCCUACCCGGUGAGCAAGCUGCUCGACUACCUCCUGGGACAGGAGAUAGGAACCGUGUACAACCGGGAGAAGCUCCUGGAGAUGCUGCGCGUCACGGACCCGUACAACGACCUGGUGAAGGAGGAGCUGAACAUCAUCCAGGGCGCGCUGGAGCUCAGGACUAAGACCGUGGAGGGCGUGAUGACGCCGCUGAGAGAUUGCUUCAUGAUCCCCGGGGACGGCACCCUCGACUUUAACACCAUGUCGGAGAUCAUGAAGAGCGGCUACACGCGCAUCCCGGUCUUCGAGGGCGAGAGGUCCAACAUAGUGGAUCUGCUUUUUGUCAAGGACCUGGCGUUUGUGGACCCGGAUGAUUGCACCCCUCUCAAAACCAUCACAAAGUUUUACAGCCACCCGUUACAUUUUGUGUUCAAUGACACCAAGUUGGAUGCAAUGCUGGAGGAGUUUAAAAAAGGACAUGUGGGAAUGGUGCAACGGCAGUGCUAAGGUUAUCAGGUGGGGGCAUCUUGUUUGAGAACCUGCUUAAAUCCCUCUCUACCUCUCUUGUGCUUGCCUCUGAAUGAUGGUGGCGAUAACUCCUUUUGUCCAGCCCUGGAAUGCAGUCGUGUGGAUAAUGAAUAACAGCCUCUAACACCCUCGAGCCCCCCAUGUGUUUGUGUGUGUGUGUGUGUGUGUGCGUGUGAGAAAUGUGUAUGCGCAUGGCGUUUGAGAACGACGUUUACCUCACCCACGGUUUACCUGAUGUGUUGCACAGCCCCACCCUCUACGUAGUUGCUCCUCACAGUAUGUGUAGAUGUGAUGCUGGUCUGCAUCUACAGGAGUAACCCGGUGAUCCACGGGCACACUGAUUCAUCAAUACUUUAAUACUUUAAGAGGAUUAAUUGGGAGGAAAACAGAGCAAAUCAUUGAGCUCCAUUACCAGAAAGUAGGUGUAGUUCUCCAUGCCAAAUUUGCAUUGCAUAAUAAACAAGUUGGGGGAGGGGGGGUUUGUUUUCAUCACAGUUGACUAUUUACGGACACGCACUAGCAGCAGGGAACAACAGUUCCCUUGACCUUGUUGAUCUUUUUUCAGACAGGAGAGCCUUGUGACAUGUUGUGGUACAUUAUCACCACAUAUGAUCCUCGCAGUAUCUCUCGCCUCACCUCUUACACUGGACUGUGCCCGUCUGAUGGCUGACAUGUUGGUCUUUUGAUGUGAUACGGCUGUUCUUGACCCGUGAGUCUGCGUGUUAGGACGGAAAAGAAAGAACAGAAGGAACGGCAGCGUUGGCAGACCUCCAGCCGCUUAAAUCAAAAGUCACAGAGCAACGUCACAUUGAAUUCAACGACGCACACAAAUACACUUUUUAGCUCCGAUAGUGAUUUGAAGCAGUGAGAUCUCUGGUUGUGGAGGCAGAAUGUGCUGCGCACAGUUUUACGACGUGUUGGCCAUUUGUUUUGAACACAUAUUCUGAUUCUAGUAUCAAUAUUACUCUUAAAGGAGCUGUCACGAUACAUGGUACAGUAAUAAUGAUAAACUAAAUGAACUAUUAAAGGAAGUGGAGCAAGUAAUGUAGUGUGGAAUAAUAUCUGAAAGUAGACUUAUAGUCUGACCACUAUCACUAUCAGUUAGAGACACUCUUCAAUCUGCAUCCAGGUCCGUCUGCAUCCGCUCUCAUCCCCUCUUUGAGGCUGCAGUAUGUAGUCGUUGAUAACACUUCUGUUGGGUCAAUACAGGUAACGCUGUUAGUGUUUCAGCUUUGUGCACAAACAGUGAGCUUGGGCAGAGAUGUGGGGUUCUGUUCUGUCGAUGUAAUCAAUGUGUUUACAGGUGUAACGCAGCUUAUUGUUGUGUAACGAUAGCAAACCUUUUACGUGUGCUCUUCAGCACAUCCGUUUAAUAGUCUGACAAUUGUUGAAUAACAGCCUGCAUUGUAAAUCUACAUUGUUACUGUUUACUAAAGGCAGUUUUUUAUUUCCAUGUUCGCAUCAUGUUGGCAGCACAGUUCAUACAGGUCCAGUCCGGGGGCUGGCCCUGUGCCAGAAGGGAAUUCGCCGUCAGCCUCUCAUGGAAGUCAUAAGCAACUGUUGUAGGGGGGGGGGGCUAUGGGGUCAAAGUUUCCCGUCAAUCUGGCUCUGGUCGCAGCGCACACGCAGUUCAAAGUGCUUUGUAUUGUAAGUCAUUGUUAAUUAAUUUGAUGCCGCUUGCGGAGCUGCAUAGUCGUCUGAAGUCUGUUACAAAAAACGAAAGACAAGAAACUCUUAUUAGAGACCGCGUCGGAGCAGUCGGUGUAAACUCUCUGCUGGUUUCUCUGUGCUGUUGUAGAUUUGUCGGAGAUGCUUCUACACAGAUCACACUGAUUUAAAGUUUAAAAUACGAAUAUCUCAAAAGUGACGAUGAACCUUUGCUUGGUGGUGAAAAUAAAGUGCUGAGUUACCCCGGCCCGACCCAGAGCCUAGGUCAGGGGUCACAGUGAGAUUCAUGCGGGAGCUCUUUAAUUCAGGCAGACACCCGUCUGGAAACUUCUGACCUCCUUCAUUAAUUGCUCUCCGUCUGCGAUUGCAACAAUUACCGUCACCCGGGGGCUGCUUGUCAAGCUGCAGGUUUACCGGUUAAUGAGUGGGUCAGUGUGUGCCAUUCGGGACCAAAGCAAGCAGUUGAGUCCGAAGCAGGAAUUUAGAUGCCCUUCUGACUUUGUGCUAUUCACUCACUCACUCACCCCCAUGCAGUGUAACCAGCCUUGUGAGAGGAUGAAGGUAUCUACUGUUUGGAUGUUUGGAGAGCUUUCUGCCCCUGGGGAAGGCAGGCCACUUGCCUGACUUGAAUAUGGGAGUCCAGAGGUGGAACUGGAACUUGACCCAACAGAGGCAAGAAAAACCUUUUAUCCCCAAUUGUCUCUCUCUCUGCUUUGCUAACAACAGACACACAAACAACUCAGUACUUCUCAUCCAUAACUAGUAAACGUGGUGUCUAAAUUGGUGUAGUUUCCCUGCUUAUCUCUUUUAAGCUACCAGUUGAAGUCGUGUUUUUAUGCCUGUGUCUUAUAGCCCAGGGUAUACAUGCUCCACUGUUGGAGGGUAAGGUCCCCAGUGUAAUGGAGCCUACAUGGGGCCUGGCACGUCUUGAACUAGUUCCCUGAUUUCUGCAA